UCCCCAACAAAAUCUCUCUUCUAUCUAUUAACAACAACUCUCCUUUUUUAUUUUGUUGUUUCUCAUUUUUCAAUUAUACAUAAUGAAUGAACCCGCCACAGCAAUAGAAGCAGCGGUAGCAGCAUCACCACUGCAUCAGCUGAAAGAUGAACUUGACAUUGUUAUACCCACUAUAAGAAACUUGGACUUUCUUGAGAUGUGGAGGCCAUUUUUGCAGCCUUACCAUCUCAUUAUCGUUCAAGAUGGUGAUCCUUCCAAGACCAUCAAGGUCCCUAAUGGCUUUGACUACGAGCUUUACAAUAGGAAUGAUAUUAACAGGAUUCUGGGUCCUAAGGCUUCCUGCAUUUCAUUCAAGGACUCCGCUUGCCGUUGCUUUGGUUACAUGGUGUCCAAGAAGAAGUACAUUUUUACCAUCGACGAUGACUGCUUUGUUGCUAAGGACCCAUCUGGCAAAGCAAUCAAUGCACUUGAGCAGCACAUCAAGAACCUGCUAUCACCAUCGACUCCCUUCUUUUUCAACACAUUGUAUGACCCAUUUGCAGAUGGUGCAGAUUUCGUCCGUGGGUAUCCAUUCAGUCUCCGAGAGGGUGUUCCAACUGCUGUUUCUCAUGGCCUGUGGUUAAACAUCCCCGAUUAUGAUGCACCAACCCAGCUUGUCAAGCCUCUUGAGAGGAACACUAGGUUUGUGGAUGCGGUUCUCACAAUACCAAAGGGCACCUUGUUCCCCAUGUGUGGUAUGAAUUUGGCUUUCGACCGUCAGCUCAUUGGCCCUGCCAUGUACUUUGGACUCAUGGGCGAGGGUCAGCCUAUUGGACGCUACGACGAUAUGUGGGCUGGCUGGUGCAUCAAGGUGAUAUGUGAUCAUUUGGGAUUAGGGGUGAAAACGGGUCUACCGUACAUCUACCACAGCAAAGCAAGCAACCCAUUUGUGAACCUAAGGAAGGAGUACAAAGGCAUCUACUGGCAAGAAGAUAUCAUCCCAUUUUUCCAACAAGUUGUUCUUCCAAAAGACAGCACCACUGUUCAAAAAUGCUACAUUGAACUGGCUAAGCAGGUCAAGGAGAAGCUUGGCAAAAUUGACCCUUACUUUGACAAGCUGGCCGACGCCAUGGUCACAUGGAUUCAAGCUUGGGAUGGUCUCAACCCCACUUCUGCUUCUUUCUCGAAUGGCAAAACAGGAGAUUUAGUCUGGAUGUAAUGUAAUUUUAUAAACCUGGCGGUGUGAAGUUAACAAGAAUAAAAUGUAUUAGUUGGCUUAUUGCUUCCAUUUUAUAAUAAAAUCCAUUCUUUUUGUUUAA